UUAUUUAUACUCCGCAAACAAACACGACAGUAUAACAUCUCCCAUCUCUGGAGCGCUGGAGGCCGCGGCGAGGGAUGAGAUCUGCCUUUCCCCAUUCGAGCAGGACACUUUUUCGCUCGUAAUUAAUUUUAUUUGAUUUUGAUUUUUUUUAAUUUUUCCAUGCUCCGCUCCCGAAGGGUCAUUUGAACUGUAAAGGAAUCGCCGAGGGGGCGAGGGGACCUGGAGAGAGAGGCUAUCCAAACGACUCCACCGAGGCUCCUCCGCCCCCUCCAAGAUGAUGCUUAGCCCGGACCAAGCUGCCGACUCCGACCACCCCUCCUCGGCGCCCUCCGACCCGGAGUCCCUGGGCGGCGCGGACGCCCAGGCGCUCAGCUGCUGCGUCUCCGACCCGGAGCCCGCCGAGGGCGGCGGCGGCGAGGGCCGGGGCGGCGGCGGCGGCGGCGGGGAGAGCCGCGGCGGGGGCCGGCCCGGGCUGCACCCGCCGCCGCUGAGCCGGGAGGAGAAGCGCCGGCGGCGCCGCGCCACGGCCAAGUACCGCUCGGCCCACGCCACGCGUGAGCGGAUCCGCGUGGAGGCCUUCAACCUGGCCUUCGCCGAGCUGCGCAAGCUGCUGCCCACCCUGCCCCCCGACAAGAAGCUCUCCAAGAUCGAGAUCCUGCGCCUCGCCAUCUGCUACAUCUCCUAUCUCAACCACGUGCUGGACGUGUAGCGCCCGGCGGACGCCCGGAGCCCCGGGACCCCCAGUCCCGUCGCCCCGGGUCCGGCCGCGGCGGGCAGCGCCUUCCCCGGGGCGGGCGGGGGUCCCCGCUGCUUGUGCUCCCCCCCGGAGGGCUCCCGCCCGGCCGAGAGCCCGCUUUUCGAAGAGAAGCGUAAAACAGGAUUGUCUCUUCAGGCUGUCAAGUGCCCCUUUAUAUAUAUCCAAAAACAUCUACUUGUGACCUUAAACGUGUGACCCAUGGGUGCAGUUAAAAAUAACUAUUUUUUAUUUAUGGUAGAAGGAGUUGACAAUUUAUUUUUUUCAAGAUUUAUUUAUUUUUCAGAGUGGUGGCAAUUUUACUUUGGAUACUUCGUGCCAAUUGGUUUCUAUAGUCGGGUGUUUACACUUUCUCCUGUGGAAUAUUAUGUUUGACUUUAUGAGUGUUUGUUGGGAUCAAUACAGUGUUCAUUUUAUUUUCUUUAUAAUUUAUUUUUCCCCUCCAAUUAUAUUGCACUUGUGUACCACAAACCUCCCCUCCCUCCCUGUUUAUAAGUAUAUUUUAUAUAUAUCAAGGCAUUUGUUCUUGACCUUUUUUCUUUCUUUCCUUGUGUGGGAUCAACAACCACUAGCACU